GUCCUCAGGUGUUGUUUAUGUAACAGAAGAGCGGCGAGAUGGCCAUCGCCCACGUGGCCACGGAGUACGUGCUCGGCGAUUUUCUGCUGAAGGACACGAACCAGUCCAAAAACGUCCGAACUGAGCUGGCGGUGGACAAGAUGGUGACCUGUGUGGCAGUGUGUCUGCCGCUCGUCCUCAUUUCCCUGGCCUUCGCUCAAGAAGUUUCAGUUGGUUCUCAGAUCAGCUGCUUUGCUCCUUCUAAUUUCUCCUGGAAGCAAGCUGCUUAUGUGGACUCGUUCUGCUGGGCAUCUGUACACACACACACUCUCCCUCUGUGGCUGCACAAGUUCUUCCCCUACAUCCUGUUGCUGGUGGCGGUGCUAAUGUCCACCCCGGCGUUGUUCUGGAGGUUUUCUGCAGCACCCCUCCUGCAGUCGGACCUCAGCUUCAUCAUGGAGGAGCUGGACCGGUGUUACAACCGUGCCAUCAAACUGGCAAAAAGCAAGGCCACCUCAGGACCACCCACCCCAAACGGCGACGUCACCGAGGACCGCUCCGUUUACCCGCUGGUGGAGAAGUUUCUGAUGACCAAGCGUUGCUCGCGGACGCUACUGUUUUACUACCUGCUGUGUCGCGGCCUGACUCUGGUCACCCUGCUGGGUGCCUGCGUCUACCUGGGCUACUACCUCUGCCUGGCCUCCGCCACGGACGAGUUUGGCUGCAGCCUGCGUGUCGGCCUGCUCGCCUCCAACCCGGCCAUCCCCGACAAGGUGCAUUGUAAGCUCGUCGCUGUGGGAGUCUUCUAUUUGCUGAGCCUUGUCAACUUGGUUCUGUUCAUUGCGCUGAUUCCCGCGGUGAUCUACGCCAGUCUCCGUCCCUUCUUCUGCCAAAGAAUUGCCCGCUUCCUGGAAACGUACAACUCCCUGUCCACCGUGAGCGUCCUGCCCCCUCCUGGUAACCAAUGUGACGAUCUCUCACUGUAUUUGCUCUUCCUGGAGGAGAACUUCAGCGAACUGAAGUCCUACAAAUACAUCAAGGUGUUGGAGAUGUUGAAGAGACGAGGUGAAUGCUCUGGAGAAGACUUUGAUUCCGAGGGUCUGCUGCAGACUCUCUGUCCCGUGAAGAUGGACAGCGUGGACGGGAAAAAACCCACCGGUGCUGCAGGGAAACCGGAUCAAGUCAAGACGAACGCAGCGGACCCUGCCAAAACCCCCAUAGCACCCAAGAACAGCUGUGAGAGUCCAAACUCAUCCGAGGAUAACGACAGCAAGAUGGAAACCGAGAUGAAAGAGAUGGGUCCCUUGUUACAAGAAAACAACGACAAAAGAGGAAGCAAAAGCAGAGAAGGAGAGACUCUCCGGCAGCGAGCGCUGUGAUUGGCGGCUGGUACGGCGAGCGCUGUGAUUGGCGGCUGGUACGACGAGCGGGACCUGGACGAAGUGGUUUCUUGUGGGACAUAACUUCCAACUAUCCCAUGGUGAUUCUGCAGGUCAUGCCCUUCCCGUCCUGAUGGAGGGGUAGACAAAGAGAAUGGGAGAGCGAAGCAACAUCUUUUUUUUUAGUAUGUGCCUUUUUUGUUGUUUUUAGAGGGGUUUGAGAAGCCGAUUUAUUUUUGUCCAACAGUGCAGUUAAAUGAGAAAGUGAGGAUGUGAGGAUGGGGUGAUAGUAAACUAGACCCUGGAUGAUGACAGUACAGUAAAAUGUGAUUUACAGAUUUCAGGAACCAUUGAAUUUGUCGACC